CCCGUCCAGAACAUGAGAGCUAAUACCAGCGUUAUUAGCCUUCUCAGAUUCAGAUCAAGGCUGUUCGAGCUAAUGAUGCGACGCUAACGGGAGUCGAGCGGGGCCAUACAGCCGAAACGCUGGCUAAAUAGGCUACUUGUAGUUCAACAACAAAAUGACGGCUUGAACACAGGAACGAGGAUAUUAAUGUCAGUUUAAUUUUUAGUUCUUGCUCUUGAAUGAAUCUAGCUAUGUCCGUGUUUCCUUUACCGAUGUUGCUACUCUUGGGCCCGGAGCUCUGGUUUGGAGUCACCACUAGCCCUACCGAUGACAGCGCUCUCAGGGGCGGCCAUGGGGAACACGGAGAGCCUGGCCAUAAAGAGCACCAUAAGGACUCGUAUAGCACCUUCGCCUCCGAAUUCCUGGAAUCCAGAUAUCUCUCUGAUGACGGUUAUCCUUUUCCCACCGCUCCUCCUGUUGACCCCUUUGCACGGAUCAAAGUCACUGACUGUGGAGUAACUAAGGGCUGUGUGAGAUAUGGGAAGCCAGGCUGCGAUGCAGAAACAUGUGACUACUUCCUGAGUUUCCGGCGUAUCGGCACAGAUGUGGAGUUUGAGCUGAGUGCUGACACAGAUGGAUGGGUUGCUGUGGGAUUCUCAUCGGAUAAGAAAAUGGGUGGUGAUGAUGUGAUGGGUUGUGUUCAUGAUGACAACGGCCGCGUUCGUAUCCACCACUUCUACAAUGUGGGCCAGUGGGCCAAGGAGAUCAAGCGCAACCCAGCGCGAGAUGAGGAGGGUAUAUUCGAGAAUGGACGCGUGACGUGCCGCUUCAAGCGGCCACUUUACGUACCCCGCGAGGAAACACUGGUUGACCUGCACCUCAGCUGGUACUACCUGUUUGCCUGGGGACCUGCUAUACAGGGAUCCAUCACCAGGCAUGACAUAGACUCUCCACCCGUGUCAGAUCGCAUGAUCAGCAUUUAUAAAUAUGAGGACAUCUUCAUGCCAUCCACCGCCUACCAGACCUUCAACUCUCCCUUGUGUCUCCUCCUCAUCGUCGCUCUCACCUUCUACCUACUCAUGGGCACACCGUAACCAUGGCAGCAGUGUGAGGGGGCAAGGGGAUCAUGGUGCCAGCACGGCCGAAGCCUCAGAGAGCAAGGCUGAGAAAGCAAUAAAGACUGAGUGGACACUCCGGAAGCGAGCUCUACAAUGGGACAUUGCACUCUGUCCAGUGUACAUCUCUGACCCUGGUGUGGUCUUCAUGUCCAUUUACAUUCCAUAGGAUUUGCACAAGCAAGCAAACAGGCACAUACAGUCAGCUACUUACUCCAUGCAGCUUCAGUAGAGGAGCAGCUCAUCACCAGUUUGGUUUACCCUGGGGACAGACACUCUUUCACUGAGCACCAGAGACACACACAGGCACACACAGGCACACAGACACAGAUACACACAGACACAGACACACACACACACACAGACAUAGACACACACACACACACACACACACAGUAUACUCUCACAUACAUUGUGGUAUUAAUCUACAUUUUCUAAGCUGGAACAGUUCAUUUAAUGCCAAAGGCAUGAGCUGCAAGUCUGUACAGUUAUAAAUCCUUAAAAAUAUAUGCCAUUUCAGUAAAAAACAUGCCAUGCUUGAUACAUUAUUAGAAAUUGACACUCAAUAAUACUACUGUGCCAAAUCUCACUUCUAUUGCUUUUAUAAUGCAGACACCACCAAAAUGCACACAUAUUGGCACCAUAUUAACUAUUGCCAUUACUACUUACCCAUCCAUCAACACCAGUUUAGCAGUAACACCACUCCCCACCCCAAACCCAAACGCCUGCACAGUAUUAUUAUUUGAAGUCAUUACACAAACAUACACAAGAAUGAUCUAGCAAGUUAGUAGGAGCGGGGAAAAGAAAAAGAAAACUGCACUACACAAAUCAACAGCUAGCACAGAACAGCUAGCACAGAGCAGAUAGCACAGAACAGCUAACACAGAACAUAGACUAUAGAUGAUGCAGUGAAUUCUUUUGAUCAUAUUUUGCUUGCUGCAGCCUUUCAUGCAUUUCCCAAAUAAUUCUUGCGAGCAGUGUUAAUUAUGCCGUACAAAGUUGUUACGGUGGUUAGAUGCAACAUACUUCAUUAUCCUGUUCACAUGCAUGAACAAACUGACAAUUUAAUAUCAGUCUGAUGUUUGAUCAUGCUUAAUAAAUAUAUUGUUGGUUUACCUGUAA